AUGUAUGGCCACUCUCAUUUUUCUCUCUGCUGCUAUUGUUGAAAUACACGUAAACAUAAUACAUAUAUAUGUACGUACUCUGCUACGAACUCGUAGAUGACAUUGAUUUUUUAUAGAAACUGUUGUUUUUAUUCACCAUAAUACUUAUUAAGUAUCCAAAUCAACAUGGACACUAAAACUCUACCUAGUCUCCUGAGUCUGAAAGUAGCCCCUCCAUCAGAGCUACAAAACCAGAAUGUUGAUAAUGGAGUUGGAGAAGGAGACAGCAACUCGGUAAAGUUGCCAGCUGCGUUAGAGCAGGCCUUAGCGUUCAAGACUGAGAGAGCCAAAGAGGUGGGUGGUGAUCCCAACGAUAUUGUGCCUGCGAAUAAAUCGCCAAAGGAUGAUGGUGAGGAUGUACCUCACAUAGAGGAUGUCAUAACGGAGCUGGAAACAUCCACAGAGAAGACAGAAGCUAAGUUGAACAAAAUGAAGAAGAAGAAGAAGUCCAAGAGGAAGAGACACAAUUUAGAGAAGAAGGAUACAGAGCAGAGGAAGGAAAGCGUAGAGGGUAAUGCCAAGCACAAGGAGGACAUGCCUGAGAUCGAGUACAUACAAGAGAUACCAAGUAUAAACGACUUGGAGCCGAUGUACCGUCAAUUCGCCCGAGUUUUCGAGGCUUUCAAGCUUGUGGAGCCUGAACCGAGUCUAAACGACGCGGCCGAUAAGGGUGAACCGAUUGGGCAGUAUCCACCAGUGACUAGUAUACAAGCCACCGGCAAUGUGCCCAACAAAGUACCGCUAUUAGACGACUUUGAUGACGAGGCAAAUCAACAGCAACAGCAACAAGGCACAGGUGAGAAUGGAGCCCCGCGUUUGUCGAAGAGGAAGCUGAAGAGACUCACGCGACUCAGUGUGGCGGAGUUGAAGCAACUAGUGGGUCGUCCCGACGUUGUGGAGAUGCACGACGUCACCGCGAGGGACCCGAAGCUGCUCGUGCAGCUGAAGGCGCACCGGAACACAGUGCCGGUGCCGCGGCAUUGGUGCUUCAAGCGUAAAUAUCUGCAGGGUAAGCGCGGCAUCGAGAAACCGCCGUUUGACCUGCCCGACUUCAUCAAACGCACCGGCAUCACGGAGAUGCGCGCCAGUCUGCAGGAACGCGACGACACGCGCACGUUGAAGGCAAAGAUGCGGGAGCGGGCGCGGCCGAAGCUAGGCAAGAUCGACAUCGACUAUCAAAAGCUGCACGACGCGUUCUUCAAAUGGCAGACGAAGCCACGUAUGACGAUUCAUGGCGACCUUUAUUAUGAAGGUAAGGAAUUUGAGACGCGCCUGAAGGAGAAGAAGCCGGGUGAGCUGUCGGAUGAGCUACGCACAGCUCUGGGUAUGCCGGUGGGCCCUAACUGUCAGAAAGUGCCACCGCCGUGGCUGAUCGCGAUGCAGCGAUAUGGCCCGCCGCCGAGUUACCCAAAUCUCAAGAUACCCGGCCUGAACGCGCCUAUCCCGGAAGGCUGUGCGUUCGGCUAUCAUGCCGGCGGCUGGGGCAAGCCACCAGUGGACGAGACUGGACGGCCACUCUACGGAGACGUGUUCGGCAUCUCGCGCACAUCCGGCGCGGAUGCUAUGGACGAGGAAAUUGACCGUGGUAUGUGGGGCGAGCCCGAGUCGGAGUCGUCGGGCGAUGAAGACGAUGACGAGGACGGCGAAGAGGGCGGCGAGGCCGGCGAGAACGACGGCAAGGACGCGGACGGCGAUGCAAGCGGCCUGGUUACGCCGGGCGCGGAGGGUCUGAUCACACCUAGCGGCAUUACGUCGAUUCCGGCUGGUUUGGAGACUCCGGAGACCAUCGAGCUGAGGAAGAAGAAGAUUGAGAGUGAGAUGGAAGGUGGCGACACACCUGCAUUGUACACGGUGUUGCAGGAGCGAAGGACUGAAGGUCUAGGCGCUAGCAUGAUGGGUAGCACGCACGUAUACGAUAUGACGGGAGCAGCUGGCGGCCAGGCACCUCCUUCUGUCAUAGCUGCUCGUCGCGGUGGUGCAAUCAGUGCUGGCGGCCCCAGCGACGCCGCUAGAGCGGAGAAGGACGGCGCGGUGGAGCUGACAUUGGACCCCAGUGAACUGGAUCUUGACUCGGAGGCGAUGGCGUCCAGGUACGAGGAGACGAUGAGGUCGAGACAGGCGCACUUAAGGAGAGAGGAUCUGUCGGACAUGCUUCAGGAUCACGUGCAACGACAAAAGAGUAAACGAAAACGUCAACAGAUCCAGGAUACAAAAACAUCCAAGAAGUAUAAAGAGUUUAAGUUUUAAAUGUCAUAUCAUCUCCCUAAUUAUGUAUCACCUUCCCCAUAAUUAUGUACUAUAAUAUAGUAAUUAAAUUGUUUUUGCGAUAACAUAA